UGCACGACUGUCUCCAGCGCUGGCAGGCCGGCCGGGGCUGCCCAGAAGCCAGCCAGCACCAUGCCCAGCUCACCCCAGCAGCAGAGUGCAGGAGGCUUCCACUGUGGAGGCUUCCUCUGCAGAAGCGAGCAAGAUGGCUUCCUCGUGGGCUUCGGCGUGAAGAAUGCAGAGGCCCAUUAAGCCCCUUUUCAGGGCCACAAAGGGUUAUAAAGGAAAACAAGAGGCCCCAGAGGGAACAGAAGCCCAAAGUUUUCAAGGCAACUCUUGACAACAAAUCAGUAAAUGGCCUCAAGACAGAAUCCAUGGACUGCAGUCGCUGUGGUCAUGGGGAAGAAUUGAACCCAGGCCCGCCUGAAAAUGUAGCCAGACAUGAUGGAACCAAAACCACCAACGCCGUGGCGCAGUGGCCACAGACCAGAACAGCACAGUUAACCGACCAUGUCCAGGGAAAGUCCAGGGCACGAGUGCCCGAAGCCGAAAGAUGGAAAACCUCUGAAGAUGGCAGGACCCAAGGCCUGCUUACCAACCUCCUUAAGCCUCAGAAAUCAUUUCUGCAACCAGUAAGAAAUGGCAUUAAAAUGGUGCACCGCCUUCCCCCUGACACCAUCGUGCCCGUUACAAACACCAACGUGGCCGGAUGUGGCAAGGCCCUGGGAGACCCAGUGACCCACCACGAUGCCAUGAGCUCCAUCGCGACCAAGGAGAACCGCGACCAUUUCAAGGACCGGAGAGACCUCGCCCUUUUCCAGAAGCCUGGUGCCAACUGCAGAUCUUUCCCGAAUCCUCUCGACUUCAAGACCAGCCGUCCCCCGCCUAACCACGAUGGAAGUGUCACCCCCAAGCCUCCCGAGGCAAGAGCCAGCCCAGAGCCCAAGGAUGGCACGGCGGUGCAGCCCAGUCUCCUGUCCCUCAUGAAAGACCGGAGGCUGACGCUGGAGCAAGUCGUGGCCAUCGAGGCACUGACACAACUCUCAGAAGCCACAUCUGAGAAUUCCUCGCCGUCCAAGUCAGAGAAGGACGGGUCGGAGCAGAGAACAGCCAGUUUGCUUAAUAGCUGCAAAGCCCUCCUGGAUUCGGUCAGAAAAGAUUUGAGGGAUCCCGGCUUCCAGGGAGAGCCCCAAAGCCUUCAGCACCGGCCAUCGGUGGAAAAGCAAAAUUCCUGCAGCAUGGGGGUGUUCAAUGGCCAGCACCCCGUCUCUAAGUCACACAACUGCCCAGCCCCAAAGGAAUAUUCGAAAGACACACGCUUUCUCCCUGUGCCAAAAUCAGCCACGUCUGACACCAACACCGAUAAAAAUGUUUCUUCUCAUAGAGUUGCCCUCGACAGGUCUCCGAGUCUGAAUCACCUGACGCCCCAAAUCAACAAAUUGGCCCCCAAUCAACCAUCGUUGGGCAGUCACAAAAAGUUGGACCCCAAGAAGACACCCAAUCAAGAUGUCAUUCACAGCAAGGUAGAGGAAGAUGUGGCCACACAACUAACCCAACUGGCUUCCAGAAUUAAAAGUAAAUCUGGAGAACCAGAGAAGAAAAUUGCAAGCCCACCCACCAGCCUCGGGACACAGAACACUCAGCACAAACCCAGUAAGGAGAAAGGCCCAACACCGCAGAAGCCGCUGGCGAGUGUGCAGACUAAGAAUAAGCCAAAGAGCACAAGUCAGAAGAAGACAAAAUCCACCCCCACGAGAGAUCGGCGGAAAAAGGCCUCGGUCGUGAGCUGUCAGGAAAACGAGCAGAAGCAGGAGCAGCUGGCCUACCGGUACAUGAACAUGUACAAUAUCUGGGUAGGGUCCAAGUUUCAAGGAUUCGGUCAAUUCCGUCCCCACAAUUGUCCUCUCCAGUUGGGGAAUAUCCCUCCCCUCACCCACGUAUUGAAGCGUUUGACCCAGUCAAAUACGGUGCUAGAACAGAAGACAUUAUUUCCUCCACGCAGCCAGAUCACAUUUGAGCGCCGUCACCCCGAAUUGACACAAGAGAAGACAAUUAAGGUCGAACCACUGGGCACUGUCCCCCCGGCCCAGGUGAACGUGGAAUCCAAUGGCCAGAAGUUUCCAGAUGCAGUGUCUACUCCUCAGGGACCGCCAACAGUGAAUGUCGACCAGAAAACUCCUUCUCUCCCCCUGUCCUCGGCUCCAGCGAAUCAGUGUGCCAAUCUGAUGCCCGGGGCUGGCCAGCCCCAGUUCCAGCAGAAUGGCAGAGACCAGCUCUCCCACCAGAGGCUGCCAGCCGCCACUGAGAACUCCUCCGAGACCCCUUUACUGGACCCCGCACAAAUUCUCAGGAACGUCAAUGUGGUCUCUUCGCAUGGAAUUACAGUGGUUUCCAGCAAAAGUGAACAGGAUGGAGCGUCGGGGUCUGCCCCAGAAGACAGCACACAAAAAAAUUUCAAUGAUUAUGCCAUGAACUACUUCACGAAAGAGACCCAAAACUUGGUGUCCUCCACGAAGGAAAUGGAGCUGCCCACCUGUGAUUGUCUCGAUCGAGGUACACACAAAGACAAAGGCCCAUAUUAUACUCACCUGGGGGCAGGACCAAAUGUUGCUGCUGUCAGGGAAAUCAUGGAGAAUAGAUUUGGACAAAAAGGAAAAGCGGUGAGGCUGGAAGUGGUAGUGUAUACGGGGAAAGAAGGAAAGAGCUCCCAGGGGUGUCCAGUUGCAAAGUGGGUCUUAAGAAGAAGCAGCAAGGAGGAGAAGGUGCUGUGCUUGGUGCGAAAGCGGCCUGGCCACCGCUGUGCCACCGCCGUCAUUGUGGUGCUAAUCAUGGUGUGGGACGGCAUCCCCCUGCCGCUGGCAGACCGCCUCUAUUCGGACCUCACGAACAGCCUCAAGGCCUACAACGGGCACCCCACUGACCGGAGAUGCACGCUGAAUGAAAAUCGGACCUGCGUGUGUCAAGGGAUCGACCCAGAAACUUGUGGUGCUUCCUUUUCCUUUGGCUGCUCAUGGAGCAUGUACCUCAACGGCUGCAAGUUCGGCAGAAGCCCAAGUCCUCGAAGAUUUAGAAUCGACCCAAGUUCUCCCUUACACAGCUACUAUGAGAGAAUUACUAAAGGACGAUUUCCAGAAAGAAGACAAGUGAGGCCGGAGCGAAUCUGUCAGGGACAAGAGGCCAUGGAAAAAAACCUUGAAGAUAAUUUACAGAGUUUGGCUGAUGAAUUGGCUCCAAUUUAUAAACAGUAUGCUCCUGUUGCUUACCAAAACCAGGUGGAAAACGAACAUGUCGCCCGCCAAUGUCGGCUUGGAACCAAAGAGGGUCGCCCCUUCUCCGGGGUCACUGCUUGCCUCGACUUCUGCGCCCAUCCUCACAGGGACAUUCACAAUAUGAACAAUGGCAGCACCGUGGUUUGUACUUUAACCCGAGAAGAUAACCGUGAAUUGGGGGUUAUUCCUGAAGAUGAGCAGUUGCACGUACUGCCCCUCUACAGACUUUCUGACACAGACGAGUUAGGGUCCACGGAGGGGGUGAAGGCCAAGAUCAAGGCCGGGGCCAUCGAGGUCCUGGGGCCCCAGCGCAGGAGAAGGAAACGGUUCACUCAGCCGGUGCCCCGGUCCGGGAAGAAGAGGGCUGCCAUGAUAACUGAGGUCCUGGCACAUAAAGUGAGGGCGGUGGAGAAGAAGUUCGCACCCCGAGCCAAGCGCAAAGGCCCACUGCCUGCCAACAACUCCAAGACGCCAUCGCAGUCCUUUGGAGAAAACGAAGAUCCGCGCUCCGACGCGGAGGAGCCCUUGUCCGACCCCGACGCGCAGUCCCCGGCCGAGGGCCCCGGCGCCCCGCGGCUGCCCGUGCUGGCCGAGUACUGGUCGGACGACGAGCGCAUCUUCUCGGACUCGUUCGCGGGUGGCGUGGCCAUCGCGCCCACCCACGGCUCGGUGCUCAUCGAGUGCGCCCGGCGCGAGCUGCACGCCACCACGGCCGUCGGGAAUCCCAACCGCAACCGCCCCGCGCGCCUCUCGCUCGUCUACUACCAGCACAAGAACCUCGACAAGCCCUGCCACGGCUUCGAGGCCAACAAGGUCAAGUUCGAGGCCAAGGUGGCCCGAAGAAGGCAGGCGGCGGGGCCCAAGUACCACGAGCCCCCCAAAGGGCCCGACUUACCGACCACCCACGACCCCGAGCUCUGCCAGGUCCCUUCCCAUAAGGCGCUGACCCUGACCCAUGACAACGUGGUCACUGUGUCCCCUUACGCCCUCACUCACGUCGCAGGACCCUACAAUCACUGGGUCUGACCUCCCCGGCCAUCACCCCCUUUUUGAGCCUGGUGGCCAAGGCUCCCCACUGGGUGUUCUUUGGUUUGUUGGUUUGUUUUCUUCCAAGGUGCUGUCCCAAGAAAGUCCUUGUGGUUCUUUUUUUCCUCUCCAUCUCAUACCCACUUGAAGGCUGAGGGAUCACUCCUCUCCCCCAAAUCGGUGGAUGUUUCUUCGACUGUGACAGUUGGUAGGCGGUGCGCAUUGUCAGCCAAAAUGGAAUGAAGCUUUUUCUCGUUUUUGAAUCCAACCGGGAAAGGUUUGGGUUAUUCGCCUUGAUGACCUUGAUAGAAUCCUUCCGUUUGGUGCUUUCAAUUAAGUCUGUUUACUAAGGAAAAACAAGAGUUGUUUUUAGAGGAUUUUUCACAGGUUUCAUGGACUCCGGUGUAAAAAAAAAAAAAUCAAGAUCACACAGUGUUAACUCUACACAGCUCCUGGUGCUGAAACCACAUUGACGCAGUACAAAAAUAAUCAUCCUAGUAAUAAGCUGAAUUAUUAUUUCAUGGUGCCAUUGUUCCAACAUCUUCCAAUCGUUGCUAAGAAAUUGGCAUAUUCCUUAGGAAUGAACCAGUAAAAUGGUUUCUCAAAAUAAUAAGGCUCCUGGA